AUGGAUGGGGUGCUGCUUGCUGCUUCCCUGUUUGCGUGUGGGCCCGGCGUUGGGAUGGCUCCGAGCCUCUGGAUGGGGGGCUGGAGCGUGUUGACAAUGGCCAUGGCGGCGCGCGCCGAGCGGGCGCUUGUGAAGACGCGACACCGGAUAACACGAGCGAUUGAGGAGCGGGAGUAUUACGAAGCGAGCCAGCUGGUCCUCUCCCUCGCAUCCCGCCUUCAUGCGCUGGAGCGCGACGCCGAGGCCGUGGGUGAAUUGCGCAACGUACUGCAGCAGCUGAUUGACCACGGGCAGGACAAAGAGGUGGUGUCGCUGGCACGGACCAUGGUGACAACGCCCGAGUACCGCGCUCAGCUCUCUCUUGAAGAGUGGGCACCCGUGCUCACGCGCAUGCAAGAUGCCCGCCAGGCCAAGGUUUUGGCCCUUGCACUCAUCCAGAAUUGGGCAGGCAGCCCGGAUCAGCAGACGGCUGCGCAUGUCGCGCUUUGGGAAGCCAUGGCGACCGCUUUGGCUCCUCGAGCCCAAGCGUCCGAUGUACUGGAGGCCGUUUUGGCGUCCCUGGUGCGCCUGUGUGAGAUGCUCGUGACCUCCGAGGCCAAGUGGUUUGAGCUGCUGCAGCAAGCCGUCACGUCACAUACGCAGACACUUGAGGACUGGAAGGGCUAUAUCAACCGAGCUGCUCUUUUCUCUCUUCAGAUCCCGCUCGGCCUUGUGCGUCGCGCGUUUGAUAUGUGCAUGGCGCCGCUUGGCGCGUCUGGGGUUGCACCCACUCCAUUGGCCGAGUUUGUGGAUCGUGUCUUGGCGACAUUGACACGAGAUGCCCUUUCCUUGUUUGAGGACUUGCGUGUGGCCUAUGCCGAUGUGCUGGAGCAGCACGCCGCCACCAAUCCGUUGCUGGAUCGAAUUGCGGCAUACUACUACAACCACCAACCGGCCACGGGCAGCGGCGCUGGUCUGGGGAUGCUGGGUAAGAACAUACGAACCAUGUCUGCAUCAGCCGUCAAAUUUUUUUAA